AUGAACGAGGCAAGCUCUCCGGUGUCAAAGGUGCUAAUGAUACACGCCCCCCCCCCCCUCUACCCGCACCCUCCACCCCAGAAGCUUGUUGGACCGCAAGCCGUGCGUGAAAAGGUCGAGACCGCGAUGCUCCGUCCGCGUAUUAUGAUCUGCAGACGUGACCCCCGCGCGGGCAUCGAAAAUAGAUUUCGUCAACAUAUUGGGCGGUUUGCCGGCUGGAUGUUUCGCUGCGAUAUCACCGAGAAUACUGCACGUUUUACAGCGAAUAAACGGGCCUGGGGGCGAGCGCCGCGGAGGCAAUUUGCAUCGACAGAGCAGCGCAGUGUCGACCUCUUGUUCAAUGUUUUACGUGAACGGGAAUAUAGUUACGGUGCAGGUGCGAAGGGUAAACAAAAAAAUGUAUUUUCAGGCGGGCCGAUCGAGUUCGGCUCGCUGGCA